CGCCGCAACGUGACGUCACUGGGGGAAAACCAAACAUGGCCGACAGCAAGCGUUAGACGGCUGAAGUUAGCGUAAAGCGAGCGUAAAUUCGGCGAACGGCUUAGACUUUGGUGCAGGUAUUUGGAGUUUGUGCUACACCUUUGCCGUGUCGUCGUACUGGGACACGUCUCACACAUGAAUUGGAGGUUCAAGUGGAGUUUGUUCGUCUGUAAAGGCGUCGCCAUACCGGACUUUAGCCCGCCGCGUUAGCCUCGUUAGCUGCCGGACCAGCGCCUGCUUUUGUUUUUGUGGGGACGGUGAGCUCCAGAGGGCUGAAGCCGUGUGGUCGCGCAUUUUCUUUUCCCAAACGGACUGUAGCCGUUUAGGUGGACUGAGUCCGGGGUUUUGGGUAUCGUAUAGCGGGUGGGGUCCAGCCCGUCUUGCUAGCGUUUUAGCAGUGUUUUUCAUUCAAGGCCAACUUGGCAACAAAGCCACACUUUUGCCGACAACGGACACGCACCUACCUCGAGCCGCCUGCGGACAUUGCACCCAGCAACAUGGAUCCAAAGCGCGCGCAUGGCAACCCUCACACGAGUAGCAGCAGCAGCAGCGGCGGCGACUCCAGCUGCGGCAGCCCCGCGUCCCCCUCCAGCAGCCCGGCAGCGAGCAAAGCCCCGGGGCCCGGGGGAAACGCGUUCGCCAACGACGGCAGCUUCAUGGAGAUGUUCAAGAAGAAGAUGGAGGCGGAGGCGGCGAAGAGGAAAAAUGAGACGUCGCAAACAGGUGGAGAGGCGAGAGCCACCGAGCAAGGACAGACAGCAGUGGAAAAGAAGCCCCUUCCCGUGACGAGCUUUGUAAGGGGUUUGGCAGUUGUGGGGAAGCGCAGAGGCGGCGUGUUCCUAAAGACCGGCAUGGUUGCAAAGAAGCAGAAAGAUGAAACGGAAGGCACGCCAGGCAAGAGCGAUGCUUGGUCAAAGUAUAUGGCAGAGGUAAAAAAGUACAAAGCCCACGAGUGUGGCGACGACGAUAAGACCAGGCCUCUGGUCAAGUAGGGUUCCACGGUGCGAAAUCGAAAAAGUGUUUGUGAAGGGGGACACCCAUCUGGGAGAAGCUCUGAGGACGGCCGGCCAAUCCUGAACCUUCUCAUACUGCCAGUUCAAGUCGCCCUUCACGUCAGUCUUUCACAAACUGCGUAUAUUGAUGGGCCCUUUUCCCCUACUUUCUUUUUUUUAUUAUUAUUGUCUUGCUUGUUAUUUGUUGGGACUCUGGUAAUCUGAUGUCAAAAAGGUGUUCAUUUAAUGUGUUCUAAUUUGUCAUGUCUGGGUUAAGUUAGGGUUCAUUAGCAGUUGGAUUUGAUUUAAUAGCCAAACCAAGGUGUCAAUUAAAUCUACACUGCCCAUUGAGUGGUAUUGUGCCUCA